CUGCUACAUUCAAUCCAGAGGCUAGCUCCUCAACUACAGAGAGAGAGAGAGAGAGAGAGAGACAGUGCUCGCAGCCAUGGCGGGUUCAAACCCACCCCCGUAUUACACUCCCAUUUCCAAACCCACUCCGCCCAACUCCAUUUUCAAAAGAACCAAUUUCGUUUCUCUCUUCUUCAUCGUUUCCCUCUGCUCUCUAUCCUACUCCCUCGGAAUCUGGCGCAGUGGCGGCGCCGCCACCCCCUCCGCCUCCGCCGCCAUUUCCACUCUCGGAAUCACAAUCCCCUGCAUCCCCUCCCCCAACUCCACUGGAGGCCUGGACUUCACCUCCCACCACUCCGCCUCCGACGUCGGGACAGACGCGGCCCCCGACGCCGCCAAGACAUAUCCUCCGUGCCACACCAAGUACACCGAGUACACGCCUUGCGAGGACGGGAAGAGGUCGCUCAAGUUCGAGAGGGAGAGGCUGAUUUAUAGGGAGAGGCACUGUCCGGCGAGAGGCGAGGAGCCGAAGUGCCGCGUGCCGGCGCCUUACGGCUACAAGAACCCCUUCAAGUGGCCACUGAGCAGGGAUCUGGUGUGGUACGCCAACGUGCCUCACAAGGAAUUAACGGUCGAGAAAGCGGUUCAGAACUGGAUCAGAUUUGAAGGUGACCGGUUCAGAUUCCCCGGCGGCGGGACCAUGUUCCCCAACGGUGCCGAUUCCUACAUUGACGACAUCGGCAAGUUGAUCAAUCUCAAAGAUGGAUCUAUCCGAACCGCUAUUGAUACCGGUUGUGGGGUUGCGAGCUGGGGAGCCUAUCUUCUGUCAAGAAACAUCCUUACGAUGUCGUUCGCGCCGAGGGACACCCACGAAGCGCAGGUGCAAUUCGCUCUCGAGAGGGGCGUGCCGGCUCUGAUUGGCGUCAUGGCGUCCAAGCGGCUUCCUUACCCCUCCCGAGCUUUCGACAUGGCUCACUGCUCUCGCUGCCUCAUUCCGUGGAGCCAAUACGGUGGGAUUUACUUGAUGGAGGUUGAUCGGGUUCUGAGGCCCGGCGGCUACUGGAUCCUCUCCGGCCCGCCGAUCCACUGGAGAAAGUACUGGAGAGGCUGGGAGAGAACCAAGGAGGAUUUGAAUGGCGAACAGACCGCCAUUGAAGACGUUGCCACCAGCCUCUGCUGGAAGAAGCUCGUAGAGAGGGGCGACAUUGCUGUCUGGCAAAAACCCACCAACCAUUUGCAGUGCCAAGCCCACCGGAAAAUCGCCCGUAGCCCACCAUUCUGCCCCGCCCGCGACCCGGAUAACGCCUGGUACACAAAUAUGGAGACUUGUCUGACGCCUUUGCCGGAGGUUUCCAGCAACCAGGAAGUCGCCGGCGGGGAAUUGGCAAAAUGGCCAGAGAGGUUGAACGCCAUUCCCCCAAGAAUAAGCAGGGGAAUCAUGAAAGGAGUUACAACGGAGGUUUUCCGGCGAGACAACGAGCUCUGGAAAAGCAGAGUCUCGUACUACAAAACGGUGAACAACCAACUUGGGCAAGCUGGAAGAUACAGGAACCUUCUGGACAUGAACGCUUAUUUGGGCGGAUUCGCCGCCGCGUUGGUCGAAGACCCUGUUUGGGUGAUGAACGUGGUUCCCGUCGAGGCGGAGAUCAACACACUCGGAGUUGUUUACGAGCGUGGAUUGAUCGGAACUUACCAGAACUGGUGCGAAGCGAUGUCUACGUAUCCAAGAACUUACGAUUUCAUUCAUGCCGAUUCAGUCUUCACUCUGUACAAGAACAGAUGCAAGAUGGAAGACAUUCUUCUGGAAAUGGACAGAGUUCUGAGGCCAGAAGGAAGCGUGAUCUUCAGAGAUGAUGUGGACAUUUUGGUGAAAGUGAAGAAGAUUGCAGAGGGGAUGAAGUGGGAGAGCCAGAUAGUUGAUCAUGAAGACGGGCCGCUGAAGAGGGAGAAGCUUCUGUUUGCUGUGAAGCUGUAUUGGACGGCUCCGGCUUAUCAAGCAGCAGCAGGAUCCCAGGAUUCUUAAGAGCAUUAUCAUCAUCACCUCCACCUUUUUUUUUUUCUUUUUCUUUUUAAAAUUUUCUUCUUUGUGUUAACUAUGCUCUUUGAAUUCUGCACACCGCUGAUUCUUUGUGAUUCUAGUAGUGAUCUAAAUGCUGAUCCAUUCAUCAAUACAAGAUCCUGUCCUUCUAUGAUUUUGAA